GCUGUCACAUAAGAACUAAGAAACUCCAAAGAAAAUCAAAACUUUCUUAUUUAGCGUCACUGUAAAAGUUUCUCUAAAUAGACUAAGUCAAAAUACAUGUACGUGGUUUUUAUUUUUAGAUAUUCUUGCAAUUUACGUUUGAAAAGGAACGCAAGUUUGCGCGUCUACGUUUAUAAAACUGUAACGUUUACAUAGUAAUAGUAUUCGAGACCAGAGUGGUAGCCCACGCGCUUCAUCUUAUACAGGUAAAAAUAUUCAAGAUUCAUUUUUGUAACUGUGUCAAUUUGUUUAUAAGUGUUUCCAGUUUUCUUUGGGUAAACAUUGACUUCGCCAUUACAUUUCUCUCCUUGAAUUAUGACUAACUGCCUUCCCUGCAGCUGUUAAUAGCAGACGACAGUCGUGUCGCGGGAGAACGUGUGCUACGGAUCUAAUAACGGGAGAAUAGUCGACGAAUUUUAGGAUUUUCUUGUUAUGUUUUGACUUAAGCACGUGUUUUGCUUCUGCACGUGGACGGGGAUAACUCUUAGGAUCUGUUAAUCCUUCACGGCAUUACUACAUGUGUUUCAAGUUUACAGGACAUUCAACAGAAAGUUAAUACCAACUGUGUUUGUCCUUCAAGGAAGUUUUCUAACUACUUAUUCACGAUUUUAUAAAGAAACGCUUAAAAUGAACCCCGCUAACGGAUAUACGGACUUUCUAUUAUGUGUUUAUACGUAGGCCUAUCAUCUACACAAUGAUCAAUGUUUGACAAUGAAGAAAUUUUAAUAUGAAUUCUAUGCACCUUUUUAAAGAUCAUAUUUAUUCGAACGAUGGCGGAAUUAUAAUAUUGCAGAAAUAUUUAGAUAAAUAUAGUAUACAAUUAUAAUGUAACACGUGAAUUUCAGAUUUAAGAUUUUGUUAUUCAUCAUACUGUUUUUAUCGUGUAAAUUCUGGAAAAAAAAAUACAAACGCUGCUGUGGCUUGUAAUCGCAUAGAUUUUACAAAACAAGUCUUCAUGCCAAUUCCAACGAAAUCUGUAGUUUUGUACGUAUUAUUAGACGAACUCCAAGAGUUCCUGAACACCUGAGGGGUUUACCUGUCUUCAUAUUGCAUUAACUAGUACACGUGCAUCUACAGUAUUCUACCUGCGACUCCAUCAGUUUUAGACAAUUUUCUGUUUUUCUCAUAUUUACGUAAAAUUGACUUUUAAAAAAAAUGAAUGAUCAAGCAUAUUUUCACUGGGAUCUGCUGAGACAGCCUCUACAGCCACCUGGUUUCGGCAUGGGUGCUUCGUUCUUUGAUGUCAACAGUAUCUUAGAAGUGCGUAAAGAGAAAUCACGCGAUGCUGCACGAUCACGAAGAGGAAAAGAGAAUUAUGAAUUUUAUGAAUUGGCUAAGAUGUUGCCUUUACCUGCCGCCAUUACAAGUCAGCUGGACAAAGCCUCCAUUAUACGUCUGUCAAUCAGUUAUCUAAAAUUACGCGAUUUCUCUGGUCAUGGAGAUCCUGCGUGGAAUCGAGACGGACAGUUGAAUAAAGGUCUAAAAGGUGGUGGAAGACGAAGAACCAAUAUGGCUGUGGAAAUAUUUGAAACGCGUCAAGGAACACAUGUUCUACAGUCAUUAGACGGAUUUGGUUUUGCGAUAUCUAAUGAUGGAAGGUUUUUGUAUAUAUCCGAAACAGUAUCAAUAUAUCUCGGACUUUCACAGGUAGAGAUGACAGGUAGUAGUAUAUUUGAUUAUGUACAUCAAGCUGAUCAUCCAGAAUUAGCAGAACAACUUGGUCUCUGUCUUCCACAAUGUAGUUCUAGUUCCAUGUCAUCACCAAACUCUUCAUCUGAUGAUGUUUCCUCAUCACGACCACGAUCCGUCACACCUCCCGGAGAACGAGGGUUUGUAAUGAAUCCUAAUCCACAGAAAGGAAUGGAUCGAUCGUUUUGUGUUCGUAUGAAAUCUACGUUAACCAAGCGAGGUGUUCACGUUAAAUCACAGGGCUACAGGGUCGUCCAUAUACUGGGUAGAAUGAGACAUCAACUGUCAUUCUCUGUCAACCGUAAACAACCACCGCCCUUAUUAGGUUUGGUAGGCGUGGCUAUAGCAAUGCCUCCGCCCACUAUCACAGAACUACGAAUUGACAACGAUACAUUUAUAACUCGCCUUACACCAGAUUUUAAAUUAGUCUACUGUGAACCCAUAAUCUGUGAAUUAAUGGAUUUAUCAGCUGAAGAUGUCAAUAAUAAAUUACUCUACGAUUUCUGUCAUGCGGCUGAUCUCACAAAAUUACGUAAAGCACAUGUUGAUUUAUUAGCUAAAGGUCAGGUGUUGUCCGAUUAUUAUCGACUAACUAAUAGAAAUGGUGGUUACGUAUGGAUACAGACAUGUGCUACUACAAUAUAUAACAAUAAAAAUAACGAUGAACAGAGCAUUAUAGCCAUUAAUUAUGUUUUAAGUGGUGUGGAAUGCGAUCAUAUUGUUUUAGAUACGUGGCAACUACCACCGUCAUCUCAUCGUGGUACCGACCAAUCAGAUCACAGCGAUCACAGUGAAAUAGGGUCACAACCAGGUUCUUUGAGUCCUCAAAUUGAAGAUCAAGCAAUGCGAAACAAACCCAAUAUGGACAGUACAACGGAAGAGAGAAUAUCGUCACCACCCGAAACUUGUCAUAAUUUAAAAAAAGAAACAACCAAAGAUGAAAAGAUGAGCAAAGAUUUGGUGGAAGAUUUGUCAUUAUAUGGUGAAAGGACCGACAAGGAUACGAAAAAUAGUCGGAGGAAAAUGGACAAACCGCGAAAGCGAAAGCGUGAUAACGAUAAUUCACAGUUAGAUUUUUCAAUUGAUAAAAAGUUACGCAAUAAUUUCAGUUAUUCUGACGGAUCGGAGGUGUUGUGUCCAUCGUCGUUAGAUUCGAGCAGCAAUAGUAUAAUCUCAGCGUCACCUCAAGAUUUGUCGUUUAAAUCUUUAAAUCAUAAUACUGAAUCUGAUAAAGACUGGACGUUAGCAAACUCCUCGACAACAGGGGAGGCAACUCCCAGCUCUGUUAAGGAAUUGGAGGCGGCCAUGAACAGACAUUUACCAGCCACGGACAGUAAAGACUCUCAUAAAACGGAUCAGAUGACACGAUCCUACCCUAAAAAGGGAACCAUCCAAUGGGCAGGGUCAAAUAAUGCAAACCACACAGAAAGCGGGGAGAUCCUACCAGCCACCAAUUUUUUACGUACUUUGUAUGCGAAUCGUGAAUCUGUUAUACGCUGCAAUAACCGUCCAACAUUUUACAACGAGAUGUCUCCUAAUUUAUUAACGCCACCUUCAGCAGACGCCUACAAGGAUCAGCCAUGUUUUAGUGUCUCAAACUUGUCAAAAUCUACGUUAAAUGGACAUUAUCCAAAUAUGGCUGCCUACUCGUCAGCCUCUCUUUCGGUGUCAAUGACUGCUGCCAGUGAUUCAUACGGCAUGACACCGCCGUCAUCUGUGUCACCGCAGGAAAAACUUCAGUCACCUUUCGGCGAUCCAAAUUACGCAGAAAACUGUACCAGCACGUCUCAUGGUAAUUCCCAUUUGACGUUAAAACAGCCAUACCAUGUGACCGCCAUGACAACCAAUCCUAUGGAAUAUAAUGGCGUAAAAUCGCCAUAUUUCUCGUCAGUCUCAUCAUACCCUAGUGUCGAAGACUAUCAACCAGAAGUGAAUCAUGAAACUGUUUCGUACGAACCGUGUUCCCGUUCCGUGUUACCAUGGUAUCCUGUCUCUUUCUCAUCUUGAGGCUGGUUCAAUUUAUUUGAAGUCCAAUAAAGAAUUAUUUAAAGUACCUAAAUCUCUUUGAUUUAGGGUAAACAUUGGGGUUUAACGUCCACUUGACACAAACUAGGUCAUUUCGGGACUAACAUAUGGUUCAAUUUUAUUUCAAUAAUUCACUUGCACAUAGGCGUCUUUAGCAGCGGAAGAAAUUAAAAUUUUGUUUUUGGUUUAAACUUUGAGUAAAGAUAAAGUUUUUGAUAAACUGCCGUGUAAAUGGUGCUUUCUAGAGUAUAUUCUGUUGUUUCUAGCUUGUCAAAAUCUUACCAAUUUAUAAAAAAACAACAUGUUAAUUCUGGAAUAAAAACGGUCCCUAAAUUAAAAAGUGGCGCCCAAUCUACAUGAGAAGAAUAACAUGAUUAGGUACCCCCCCCCCUCCGAGCCCCCCCCCCCACGAGUCUAUUAUACAUAAAAUUCAGUCAAUAAGUUUUUAACAACCAACAAGCUCUAACGCCCCUUUGAGUUUGGCCUCAUGGUGUUCCUUAAACCUUUGAGUUUGGCCUCAUGGUGUUCCUUAAACCUUUGAGCUUGGCCACAUGGUGUUCCAUAACCCUUUGAGUUUGUCCCCAUGGUGUUCCAUAAUCCUUUGAGUUUGGCCCCAAUGGUGUUCCUUAACCUAUUAAAGUUUUACUUCAAUAUUUUGCUUGCACAUAGGGCUGUUACUGUGGGAGCUGUGGGGGAUAUUGGAGGUCCUGGAGAAAUACCACAAACUUAGACAGGUGACCAUACUUACCAGCUUGGGAUCCCCACCCCCAUCCCCACCACCACCUCAAAUGUUAGAUAAUUUAGAAUUGAAAUGUAAACAAUGCAAGAAGAAUUGUAUAUAAACAGAGUCUAGGUUAGAUACUGUGUAUAUAUUUGUAUAAAUUUAAAAGAUUGUGUAUAUCAUGACAAAUUGUUAUUUGUUAUUUGUCUGUUAUUGUUACUUCAUUUAUAUGUAGGUCAUGAAGCUUUAAGUUUAUAAUAUGUAGGCCUUAAAGUUUAUAUGUAGGUCAUGAAGCUUAAAGUUUAUAUUAGGCCUUAAAGCUUAAAGUUAAUAUGUAGGCCUUAAAGCUUAUAGUUUAUAUGUAGGUCAUGAAGCUUUAAGGCUUUUAUGUAGAUCAUGAAGCUUAGAGUCUAUAUGUAGGCCUUAAAGCUUAUAUGUAGGCCUUAAAGCUUAAAGUUUUAUAUGUAGGCCUUAAAGCUUAAAGUUUUAUAUGUAGGCCUUAAAGCUUAAAGUUUUAUAUGUAGGCUUUAAAGAUUUAACUUUUAUUUGCCCAGAUUUAAAUCUGUCGUUCACAAUUAAAGUAAACAUUCUAAAUUACAAAACGUUUUGCAGGUAGACAAAGCAGCUAAUAGGUAGGCCUAUAUGUUUAUAUGCCUGGCAACCUUUGUUUUAAAUUGAUAAAGUACUGUGUUCAACCAAAUAAUUCUUAAUUUGAAUAAGAAUAAUUUCUUUAUUAAAUGUGUAUUACCUAUUUGUAAAUAUUUUAUUGGAGGUGUGACCCUUUAACACCUGGAUCACCCUAAAUUACUUAUCCCUCUAGCUCCUGGUCUACCCUAAAUUACUUCUCCCUCUAGCUCCUGGACCACCCUAAAUUACUUAUCCCUCUAGCUCCUGGAUCACCCUAAAUUACAUAUCCCUCUAGCUCCUGGAUCACCCUAAAUUACAUAUCCCUCUAGCUCCUGGACCACCCUAAAUUACAUAUCCCUCUAGCUCCUGGAUCACCCUAAAUUACUUAUCCCUCUAGCUCCUGGACUACCCUAAAUUACUUCUCCCUCUAGCUCCUGGACUACCCUAAAUUACUUCUCCCUCUAGCUCCUGGACCACCCUAAAUUACUUCUCCCUCUAGCUCCUAGAUCACCCUAAAUUACUUCUCCCUCUAGCUCCUGGACCACCCUAAAUUACUUAUCCCUCUAGCUCCUGGAUCACCCUAAAUUACAUAUCCCUCUAGCUCCUAGAUCGUCCUAAAUUACUUUUUCCUCUUAUUCCUGGACUAACUUAAAUUACAGUUUCAUCUAGCUUCUGGACUAACCUAAAUUACUGGACUACCCUAAAUUACUGUAAAAAGGGUCACGUUUUCUGUUAUAUUUUUAUGAAUCUGGGGUAAUCAAUAUUUCUAUGUGUCAGAUUCUAUAGGUUUAAUAUCUGACUAGUUGCCAUGGUGAAUGAAAACAAAAAAAAUGUUAAUAAUGAUCUCAACUUAGUGUUUCUUUCUCCAUUGUUGUAGUGGCAUUAUUAGUUUACAAUGUAUUAUAAUCCAUCAAGAACAUCUGAUGCCACUUGCAUAGCUGACAAAUGUUUGUUGUACUUUGUAUAUGAAGUUUGCGACCAAUAUGAUUGGUUUAGUUCUUGUCUUAAAUGUAGUUUUGUACAAAUGUCUGCAACUGUUGAUGGGGAAACAAAACCGGGUUACCAUGGAUACGGUUGUCAAGAAGAUAAAUACCUAGGUUACUGUUGUUAUGGAUACCUAGAGCUGUCAUAAUUUGUAACAAUUGCUGCUUUGACACUAUGAUAGUUGAGUUUCUCAUCUGCUUUUAUUAGUUCGUGCAUGAGACUUUUGGUAAGGGCCAAAAAGAAAAGGCCCUUUAUAACCAAUUUGGUCACCCUUACCAGUCUUGAAAUUUACCAUCAAUCAGGUAUUUCAAAAAUUAAACCAUCAUACACAUUUGUUAAAUACAUAUCUCAGAUCGAAGGUAUGAAACUCGGCCUCCCAACCCCCAUCUGCAGAAUAGCCCAAUAAUGAAAUAUUAAGCUAUUAUUGAGAGAUACAGUUUCAAGCCAAUGGGUAACCACGACAAUUGUGUCCCUAUAGCAACCAUAAUCAUUAUUCUACUGAUUUCUAUGUUUCAUGAAAAGUUCCUAUAAUUCACAUCAUUGUUCUGUUUUAGACCCAUUUCUUAUCAUAUUGUUGAUAUGUUGUAUAUUUACUAAUAUAUAUAUAUAUAUCUUGGUUCAUGUGUAUGUAACUACCGGUAUAUAUAUUGUCGUAUUUCAUGGUUCAUGUGUAUGUAACUAUAUAAAUAUUGUCGUAUUUUGGUCAUCAAACUCAAUAAACCUAUUUUAUAACGAA